AUGAGUGAACCCCUUGAAUCAAUCGAUGGCGGAAAGCCCUGGUAUUACUGCCCCGACCGCAUGGUCCUCGGCGAAGGCCCAAUAUAUCGAGCCAGCGACUCAACUCUACAUUGGGUGGAUUGUCUCUCGGAGCCAUCAAGACUCUACAUCCUCAAGGUAGAUCCCCACACUGGCGACGCGAUCGAAGACGUCCGUGUCCUGCCCCUCGAAGACAGCGUGACGGUGGCAUUCUUCCGGAAAGACCGACCCGGCAGUUACAUCGCCGCGUACUAUCAAGGAGUAUGUUUCCUAGAUGAGGCCACGGGAAAGUUUGAGGUCGUAAAGGAAAUCAUUCCCACAGACAAACGGGAUGAGCUUCGCUUCAAUGAUGGUGGCAUCGACGCACGUGGCCGGUUCUGGCUGGCUGAGAUCGAUAAGCGGGCGAUGGCAUUCGGGCCCAACCAACUUCCAGACUCCUAUGGAACACCCAAAGGCCGACUAUGGAGAUACGAUCCGGAUGGGAGCAUCCAUCUGAUGAUUCCCGAGGGAAUUGUCUGUGGAAACGGGCUUGCGUGGAGCCCAGACAACACGAUUAUGUACUUCAAUGACUCGGUCGCAAUGAUGGUGUUUGCAUUUGACUUCGAUUUGGAAACGGGAAAUAUCUCAAACAAGCGACUCCUUGUCGACAGACGCUCGUCCUAUGGAGAGCCAGAUGGGAUGGUGGUCGAUACCGAGGGAAAUCUCUGGAUAGCCGUGUUUGCAUCUCAUCGAAUUAUGGUCUUUAGCCCGGAAGGCAAACACUUGAAAGAUGUCGUGGUGAGGGCCAAGAACCCGGCCUGCACCACAUGGGGAGGAGUAAAUCAUGACAUUAUCUUCAUGGCAAGUGGAAAGGAUCGUACAGGAAAUCCAGAUCCUAAUGAUGAGGGUGGACAUAUGUUCAAAUACCAUCCUCAGGAUGCCAAAGGGUAUGCGAAAUUUGAGUUCGGGGGCUAG